AUGUGUAAGAGAAUUGGAAAUUAUGUAAUUGCGUUGAAACGGGUCACGAAGAUACUACACAUUCGUGAGACCCAAUUCCGAAGCCGAAGGUCAGCCGGUGCGUCCUUCGGUUGCCGCUGCGAGCUAGUGGUGAUUGGUUUCGGAAAUGCGCUGGAGACGACGACCACCAAAACAGAGGACCCUCCGGAAGGAUACUACGCCUUCGUGGAGUCGCCGAAUGCGGAACCACCAAGGGUCAGACCUCCACCAUACACUCAUGCACCUGUAGAUUGCAAGGAAGAUGAGGACAAAACGCCGCACGUCAGUCCAUUCAAUUUAUGCGGAGAUCUGAAUAAGGGCUCCAUUCCUAGGAAUCCGAUGGGACAGAACGUCAUGGGCUCGCCGUAUCCCUUCGAGUUGAUUAAGAAUAUGACUCUGAAGUAUUUGAGCCGCACAUUACCGAUUCUCAAAGCGGAUGAAACUUUGCCGAAAGUUGCCCAACUGCAAGACGACCUCAUUUCGCAGAACACCAUUACGUCGUAUCAGGCGAACGAUCGCAUGAAGCGCGAUGUCGCUGAAACCAAGAAGUCGGAGGAAACCGACGAGGAGGAAUCUAAGAGGAAAGGAAGGAAAUUCUGCGAUCAAGGUGGUGUCUUCUGUAUGCUUUACAAGGCCAUUAACGGUGAGCAGUCUGGAUCCGCGUCCCCGGCUCCGGUCCAUCUACCUAUCGAACGACGAGAUGACAUGCCGCAGCAAUCGAGGUACGAUGGACCACCGACUCCUUGCCCAGCAAAGGUCGAAUACGCGACGCCAGUCUUCGCAAAGAAUUAUCAAGGCGUCUGGAGAUACGUGGUGCAGAUUCCUUACGAAGGUUACUUCACGCAAACUGUUGAAGUGACCAGGUGCAUGCAAUCCAGGUGCCAUUAUUUAGAUGGAGGUUGUUUAUCCUCCCCGCGCUGGUCAUCCCUUUUAGUAGCUGAAAUUUACUACCCCGACACCGUUUUAAGCAACCCCGAGCAAAACAACGGUCCUCGCAGUCCGGUCACCGCUUCUCAACCGCCUUCAGUAUCCGAUUUCCAAAACUAUCAGCAGUACUUGCAUAAAAGAGCGGGUUUGCAAGCAUCGCCGAUCGAAACGACGACAACAUCGAAACCUAUCCACUGCGACGGCGUCGAUUCCCUGGGCUGCUUCCAAGUUAGGCUCUACUACGACUGGUUCCUGAUCCCAGGCUCCUGCAAGUGCUGGAGACCCGACUACUUCAACAAAUACGUGCGCAGGAAAAAUCCCAGCCAGGACCUCUAAAUAUCGCGCGCGCUUCAAAAACUAGCAUAAAAAAAAAUAUAAUAAGACUGUCAUUUUUUAUACGCUCAACAUUUACUAUAUUGAAGCGACGUAAUUUAAGGCCGUUUAAAUUACCUUGCUUCGAAUCGGGACUCAAAAUUCGAUGAACAAAAAAAAAAUAUUAACGAGUACGAGAGAGUAAACACACGGUUAUGGUUAUUGUAAAGAUAUUU